CUGUACUGUACUGAGAAUCAGUCACCCUAGUUUGGCCCCAUUUGGUCUUUCUAAACACUUUGUUUUCAUAAUGCUGACCUUUUUCAUCCCCUUUCUUGACUCAGAACUUUUGCUUAUGCUGUUUUUUCCACCUAGGGUACUGGUCUUUCCUGCCCUGCCCUGCGAAUGCUUGCUCAGUCUUAAUAGCUCUCUUGUCUCUUCUGUGAAUGCUUCCUCACUCUCAGGCAAAGUUACCUUUCUCCUUCCUUUGCCCCCCCCACACAUUGUUUAUUCCUUUUUUGUGGCACUUGCCUCGUUGUACUGUCCAGCUCCCACUUUGGACUGAGUUCAUCCAGGUUAAGAAAAUACCCUGUCUUAUUUUUCCGUGUUACUUUAGCUUUUAGCACACAGCCUGGCAGACAGCAAAUGUUCAAGAAAUAUGAAAUGAAUGAAGAAUGAACCUUACAGAGGAACACGAAGAUGUUGGUGAAUUACCAUCAGUGAAUUACAAUUAUGUUAGGCAGAGGGAAAAUAUAGAUAUCCAAGGAUGGGGAACAUAGCAGAAAAAAUAAUUUUAUUUAAAAUGUGAGUAUAUGAGAUGAGUGAUAGUGGGGUAAUAGACCAUCAGUUGAGUGGGGAUUGUAGUGCUUUUCAAACUUUUAAGCUCGAGUACCUCUGGUGGUAGAGGAUAGUGGGCCUGUAACCCCUUGGGGGCUGGGAGCAGAGCCCCAAGCAGCCUUUCUGCAUCAGGUAUCAAAUCUCUGAAUAUCUUGAGCACACUCAUAUUUUCUCUUUAGACAUUCACGCAAAUUGUGCAUUCUAUUUUAUUACCUAUGAGUGUUUUAACGUGAACAGGGCUUUCCCUCCCCACCCACCUCAUCCUUUAGUGAAAAGUUGCUGUACCAACAUGUGCCAUUUAUCCCCUGCCUUCCAGCACAUUGACAUGCCCCAGUGCCCAAAUCUGAGAAGCAUGGAAUGGGGUCAUAGUCUAAUAUGGCGGCAUUCUAGCUUGCUGUGAUGUGGGGGAUUGUCUACUCAGGAGUGUUAUGUCAUAGAACCGAGGAGGGUGAGCUCAUCCUGUUCUAACGAGGCUGUUCCUGGAAGGCUGCAGUCAGUUGGAGGCACCUCAUUACCAGAUCGCUGGGGACCAGCUGGAGAGAGUUCACAGAAGACCCACAAGAAUGAUUAAGAGACUGGAGGGGCUGACUGAUGAGGAAAGAAUAUAAAUGAAAACCGUAUAAGUUGGCUGAAGCGAGAUAGCAGGAAUACACAACUGUGAUCCUGGGACAAGAGAACAGAUGCAUCCUUUGGCAGUUGAUUGCACCAUGCCCUAGAGAGAAGUCCGGGAUAACAGGUUUUGGGGCUAUAUUUCUCCACCCUGGAAUUCAUCCAGUUCAUUCCAGAACUGUUGACCCUCUGCUCCUGUGACAUAUCCUCAGUGAGUGUCUGAUGGACAGACGCUUUCCGUUGACCUUGCAACAGUUUUCUCCCCUGUGGAAGUUGGAGGACAAGGUGAAUGGUGCCAGAAGUUACCUGCUUUGGUGAAUAGGAGUGCUCGACCUGGUGCUCAGAACAUGGGCCCUCGUUUAAAGCUGCAGCUGUGAUCCUCGGCUGUCUGGCGGCACUGAAGGGACCUGAUGUUUUACGUUAUUGGUGGAAUCACAGUGUCUGUGGUUGCGUUCUUCUUCACAAUUAAGUUCCUCUUUGAGCUUGCCGCACGUGUAGUCAGCUUCCUCCAGAAUGAGGACCGUGAGCGCAGAGGGGACCGGACUAUUUAUGACUACGUGCGGGGAAAUUACCUGGAUCCCCGGUCUUGCAAAGUCUCCUGGGAUUGGAAGGACCCCUAUGAGGUGGGCCACAGCAUGGCCUUCCGAGUGCAUUUAUUCUACAAGAACGGGCAGCCUUUUCCCGCACACCGGCCUGUGGGACUGAGAGUUCACAUCUCUCAUGUUGAGCUGGCCGUGGAAAUUCCAGUGACCCAGGAAGUGCUCCAGGAGCCCAGUUCCAACGUGGUCAAGGUGGCCUUCACUGUGCGCAGGGCUGGGCGUUACGAAAUCUCAGUAAAGCUUGGUGGAUUAAACGUGGCCUACAGUCCCUACUACAAGAUUUUUCAGCCUGGAAUGGUGGUUCCUUCCAAGACCAAAAUAGUGUGCCAUUUUUCUACUCUUGUAUUGACCUGUGGACAGCCACACACCCUUCAAAUAGUGCCCCGAGAUGAGUACGACAACCCUACCAACAAUUCCGCGUCCUUGAGAGAUGAGCACAAUUACAGUUUGUCCAUUCAUGAGCUCGGUCCUCAAGAAGAAGAGAGCUCUGGUGUCUCGUUUGAGAAGUCUGUGACCUCCAACAGGCAGACCUGCCAGGUGUUCUUGCGACUCACCCUGCAUUCUCGUGGCUGCUUCCAUGCCUGCAUUUCAUACCAAAAUCAGCCAAUCAAUAAUGGUGAAUUUGACAUCAUUGUCCUAAGUGAGAAUGAGAAGAAUAUUGUCGAACGCAACGUGUCCACCUCAGGAGUGAGCAUUUACUUUGAGGCUUAUCUUUAUAAUGCCACCAACUGUACCAGCACACCUUGGCACCUUCCCCCCAUGCACACGAGCUCCUCCCAGCGCCGGCCUUCCACAGCCAUGGAGGAGGAAGAUGAAGACUCACCCUCCGAGUGCCAGACCCCUGAGAAGGUGAAGAAACCGAAGAAGGUGUACUGCUACGUGUCCCCAAAGCAAUUCUCAGUGAAGGAGUUCUACCUGAAAAUCAUUCCCUGGCGCCUUUAUACCUUCCGAGUAUGCCCAGGAACAAAAUUUUCAUACCUCGGCCCCGACCCCGUUCAUAAGCUCCUGACACUGGUGGUAGAUGAUGGCAUUCAGCCGCCCGUGGAGCUCAGCUGUAAGGAGAGGAACAUUCUAGCAGCCACUUUCAUCCGCUCUCUCCAUAAGAAUAUAGGAGGCUCCGAGACCUUUCAGGACAAGGUGAACUUUUUCCAGCGAGAGCUUCGGCAGGUGCAUAUGAAAAGACCACAUUCCAAAGUCACCCUGAAGGUCAGCAGACACACGUUGUUGGAAUCGUCUCUGAAAGCUACUCGGAAUUUCUCCAUCUCAGAUUGGAGCAAGAACUUUGAAGUGGUUUUCCAAGAUGAAGAAGCUCUGGACUGGGGAGGGCCUCGCCGGGAAUGGUUCGAGCUAAUCUGCAAAGCAUUAUUUGAUACCACCAAUCAGCUCUUCACCCGAUUCAGUGACAACAACCAAGCAUUAGUACAUCCCAAUCCUAAUCGCCCUGCUCAUCUACGCUUGAAGGUGUAUGAGUUUGCAGGGCGGUUGGUGGGCAAGUGUCUCUAUGAGUCCUCUCUAGGAGGAGCCUACAAGCAAUUGGUCCGAGCUCGAUUCACCCGCUCUUUUUUGGCCCAGAUCAUAGGCCUACGUAUGCAUUAUAAGUACUUUGAAACAGAUGACCCAGAAUUCUACAAAUCUAAAGUUUGCUUCAUCCUCAACAAUGACAUGAGUGAGAUGGAGCUGGUCUUUGCAGAAGAGAAAUAUAAUAAAUCAGGUCAAUUGGAUAAGGUGGUAGAGCUCGUGACAGGUGGAGCUCAAACCCCAGUCACUAAUACGAAUAAAAUCUUCUAUUUAAAUCUACUGGCCCAAUACCGACUGGCCAGUCAAGUGAAAGAGGAGGUGGAACACUUCUUAAAAGGUCUGAAUGAGUUGGUCCCUGAGAACCUUUUGGCCAUUUUUGAUGAAAACGAGCUUGAACUGCUGAUGUGUGGGACUGGGGACAUCAGUGUGUCUGACUUCAAAGCCCACGCCGUGGUCGUUGGCGGCUCAUGGCAUUUCAGAGAAAAGGUCAUGAGAUGGUUCUGGACUGUGGUUUCCAGUCUGACCCAGGAGGAGUUGGCUCGGCUGCUACAGUUCACAACAGGCUCCUCUCAGCUACCACCCGGAGGUUUCGCUGCCCUCUGUCCCUCAUUCCAGAUUAUUGCUGCUCCGACCCACAGCACGCUCCCGACUGCACACACGUGUUUUAACCAGCUGUGCCUCCCCACGUAUGACUCGUACGAAGAGGUGCACAGGAUGCUGCAGCUGGCCAUCAGUGAGGGCUGCGAGGGCUUUGGCAUGCUCUGACCGCCCUCCUGCCAUCCCCCCGGCCCUGUGCUUUCCGGAGCACCUGGGUGCACGUAACAGCGUGAUAACACUGACCCAGACAUCCAUGUAACGUACACGGAACCAUCGGCCAGAAGCUGCUGCAUGCUCCCCAGUAGCUGGAGUAUUUGGUCAUCUGUGAGCUGGAUCCUUCCCUUGCUGCUCCCUACACAUUUCUCCCAUGGGCCACUUGGGCACGGUGUGUCAUGUGAGCUGCUCACUCAGUCACGAGAGGAGGACCGUGCUGCCGUAACUUCAUUUGGUUCUUAGAAGAUCUCGGUGGCGGGAGCUGCUUCACUAGCUGAGGAAGAUUACACAAAGGGCUCGGCUUUCUUAGAAGGCUGGCCUCCUCCUUGCUCAGCCUCCUCUGCUGGUGUCCCUGAGAGAUCCCCUCUGCAGCCCUCACUACUUGACCUGAGGUGAUGUGAGUCCCUCUUGUGGGCAUGGUGAUUGCCUCUUCUCACCAGGAGCCGGGAGAAGCACCGCGAGGAAGGGGCCCGCAUGAGCAGUCUUCAUUUUUGUCCCUCUGCACAAUGGCAGGCUCAGGCCAUGGCACUGGACUACCUCUAAUGGGGACUGAUAGCACAAAAGGAUUUUUUUUGUGUGGUGUCAGAACUGGAAAAGGAGCUUUUUCCCUGAAGGCAUUUCUGGAAAUGAUCAUUAAUCCAUAAAGAACUCUCUACGCUUUUUUUUUUGAGUUUGAGCCAGUGAGAAAAACAGACCCAAGAAUGUGAAAGAUAGCUGGGCUGUAGCUUCCAGUGCCGAAUAUGAUUUUCCCUUAGGGCCCGGGACACGUCUAGGCACAUGGCUGGCUUGAAGACUACUGACGUUUGUCCCUGAGUUUGUUCUUUACACUGAGGUGUGGCUGGGCCUGGCCACUUACCUUCAACUUAUUCCGUCUGCUAAGAGCUAGGGAUUCUUUAGCUUUCUAUGGAAGAAAAUUUUGUAGCAAGGGAUUGAGACAGUAAGAAUAGCAUGCUAACAAUGCCUGGUUCUCUCUGCUUGGUUGUCUCUGGCAGCACUGAGGCAAGGGAAAAGGGACCUGUGGCUCAGUCACAGGUCCUUGGGGUCAGGGCACAAGGAACAUACAUAGAAGAGCUGUGUCAGACAACAAACACCCAGCUGCUCAGUGACUUCACUCUGUCAGUUGCCAGCAGGAGUCCCGGUGGAGGGAGGACGAUCUAGUAGGUUCGGUUACACGAUGACUGAAGAGAACCUGCAGCUGUCUCUUGGAAGAUCACACCAUCCUUUCUCAUUACAGUUUGAAUACACACAUCUUCAAGACUCAAACUCUCAUCAACUCUCCAAAUUUCUGUGUUUAAGAAGGCUUUGCUGCAAGCUACCCUUCUCAACGGGGCAUUCAACUCUGAGAAUAUUACAAGCCAUCCUUACUGCCAAAACCAGCAAGUACAGAGGCCAGAGAUGAGGCAGGACUUAUGGCAAUGCCCUGGCCUCCCGGAAGCAUGUCUGAGCCCUCCCGUUCCCAGGGAUCACAAGGAACAAGCCCUCCCGAGCUGCUCCCGCUGCUGCCUGACCUCACUCCUUCGCAGUCAUCAUUUGUCCUUGGCAUGGGUGCCGACCUCAUUCUUGGGGUCUGGGAUCCAGCGUCAGGGCCUCGACACCCACAGGGUCCUCCAUGCCACACGGUCACUGCUCUCCUCAGGGACCAGGACAAGGUGCUGCUGCUCGCCCCAGUGUCUUCCCAUGGCACACAUGCAGGCGAGUUUCGUCAUCACCCUGGACAAGGCGACGUUGCCCCUCGGGCCCGGAGAGGGGCUUCCAGCUGGGGCUACGUGGGCUGGUUCUGCUGUCCUUGGCAGUUGAUCCUCUUCUGGACUCUGCAUUCUCCCCUCCGUGGCCCUCCAGAGACUACUGCUGGAGCUCGAUUUGAUUUUCUUGGCUAGAUCUGUCAUUUUAAGCUCCAGUCAUAGCACUUUUCAGAGCAUCCUGGGUGCCACCGCGGCUGGCUGCGGCCGCUUGCGUGCCUGUGGUGGGCCUCGGCCCCAGGGUCUUUGUGUAACAAAACCCUUUGAUACUGUUGUGGUUUUCUACUCUUCCAGUGUACUCCCUCUCCCAAGUCUGUUCAGAAGUGUCUUUGCUCUGUUUGGCCUUUUUCUUUUCUCUUUUUUUCUAAUCUUGCUCUGGUACUAGUCAAUAUGGGAGAAAAAGGUACAUGUCAGAGAGAAGGAGGAAUAUGUGUUACUUCUCGGGCAAUUUUUACUUUCGUGUUUCUUCUUUUGGCCAGUUCUUUUGUUUAUGCCCUUGUGGCCCAGGUACUUGGGGAGGCGGGCUGAACGACUGGCCUUUUAGUGUCUUUGAAGGAAGCCAAGCAGCAAGUGAACAGCAGGGAGAGCAUCAGCGUGUUUUCUAGAGACCAAGCCCUGCUGCAGGUCCGUCAGGCCAGGCAAAGGGGCCAGGCAGCUGUAGUGAGACUGUAAAUAUUUUGUACAGGAAAUAAAUAUCGAAAAGGGUUAUGUAGCGAGUGACUCUUCUUUAAGUGGCGACUCAGGGCUCAAACUGGAGGUGGGGAAGGAAAAGAAAGAUUUGGAAAUGUUUUUGCAUUUUCCCAGUAAUUCUUUGAGAAGCUCCCAGCGCCAGGUAGAACGUGCGCACAGAGCCCUGGCCUGUCCCAGCUCUUCUCGCGCCUCCGUCCUUCCCUGACCGCUGUCCCUGAUGCCGGGCAGGGCCAUGGUGCCUGACAGGUGCUUGCGCCCACCUCCUGAACAAGAAACCAGUGUGGCAAGAGCAGAGGGUGUCUGUUUUCAUCAGUCUUUUAAACAUGAAUUUGUUGUUAUUACUGUGUAAGAAACUCAGCAUAGAAAAUUUGGAAAUAAAAAGCACGAGAGAAAUAA